AUGAAAAGAUUUGUUUCUUCACAAUCUUCUCAACAAAAAGAAAUCCUGAACAAAUUAAACUUAGAAGAAUUAAUUAACCAGCAAAUCAACAAGCGUUUAAGUAGUUAUCAGUUUUCUCACGAAGAAGAGCAGUUUUUUGAUAGCAUCGAAGAAUUAGGGGAAACGAAAGAGAAUAAACCAAAUUCCUCUACUUCCCGUUAUGACAACUUAUUUGCCAAUCUCAGCCAAGAAGAAGCGGAAAGACAACGCAAAAAGUUAGAAAGGGAAGCAGCUCAACAGGAAGCCGAAAAAAAACGACAAGCUGACGAAGCCCGUGCCAAAGCUCUCCAAGAAGAAACUGAAUCUUACUUAAAAACUAAAUUAGAAAACAUUGAGAAUAGAAAAAAAGCUGCCGAACAAGCCCUCGCCAAUCAAAAGAAAGAAAAUGAGUUAGAAGAGCAGAAAAAGAAAGACCAAAUUGCUAAAAUGGAAAAGGAAAAUCAGGAAGAGCAAGCCCGGUUAGCCAAGCAGUCCCAAUUAAUCGAAGAAGAGAUGCAAAAGAAAUUAGCCCAAAUUGCCUUAGAGGAUGAAGAAGAACGACAACUAAUAACUAAACGAGCCAAUGAGGAAAAAGCGAAAAUCGAAACCGAGAUAAAAAUCGAGAAAAUGGAAGAAGAGGCGCGAAUUAUGUCCGCAGAUGCCCGAGCUACCGAGGAACUAUUAAGGCAAGAAAAAGCCAAACAAGCUGACUUGCAUUCAUCUAUGCAAGCAGCUCACCAAACUCGAAUGAAAAAAGGAACAAUGGAUGAAGCAGCCCAGGAUAAUCAACAGAGAGCCCUCAGGAGUGUUUUAAAUUAUUAUGUGAAUGAUGAUGAGUUUCAACAAAGCUUCCAAGGUGGCUCCUAUUUUGAAAAUGAUGGCCGGUAUUUACCCCAAGUCAGUGAAAUAUUUAGUAGAUAUCCCUCCAUUCGGGUUAAUAUCAGUAAGUUUUUUACCAAUAGUGGAAAAAAUAAAUUGCUCGGUAGUAGUCCUUGA